AUGCAAAAAAACGGUCUCAUCUACCGGUUGGAUGGGCAGAAAUGGGAGCGGAUUGGGGCGGAUCUGCGUACUGUGGAGAUCGCAGCUGGAGAUGCCGGCCUAUUCCAGCGGCAGAAAGAUGGGAGAUUAUACAAAUACGUUGGACAAACGUCAUGGCAGCUCAGUGAUCCGCAUCCUGACAAUACUCAUCUUGCUAUUGCUAGUUCUGCGUAUCGAGUCAACAGCAAAGGCGAGAUCUAUAUCCUUCGCAAUAACGGAAUCUGGGAAUUACUCAAGGAUACUCCUAACAACACGUCGCCAAAGGAAAGCCCAGUCGGAGUUCAGCCGGAACAAGUUUAUGAUGGGGGCUACCCUAAUUCUUCCCAGGUUCUCCUACGGAUCGGAAACGGAGCUGCUGGCCAAAGCGGGCUUAUUCAAGACCUGGGAGAAGCAUUCAUUAAGUACCGCGUUGCACAUGGCUUCCCUCCCUUCAAGGUUGCCUGGUAUAAGAGUGACACGACAGAGUCGAUCAGGUACCUCAAGGAUGGUAUUGUCGACGUCGCGAUCACCUAUACGCCUGCCGCUGAAGAUAUCGCAAUCAAACAGGGCAUUGCGCAGUCGCCUAGCCAUUACCUAUUUCGAGAGCAUUUGAUGGUCGUAGGACCUAAAUCGAACCCAGCCAAGCUGAAUCCAACCUCGGAUAUUAUAGACGUAAUGACAGCCCUGUAUACAGCUGCUGAAGCUGGGAAUACAACCCCCCCUGUCCGGUUCCUCAGCCGUUAUGAUAAGUCAGCUACCAAUAUAAAGGAUUCGGAACUCUGGAUUAAGAUUGGCCAGGUGCCAUGGGCAAGCAAAUACUCGACAUGGUACCACCAAUAUGUGGCGUAUCCCACCCAAGCGCUGGCUGCAGCAGCUGCAUUGCAGGAAUACACAUUAACGGACUGGGGUACCUAUCUAUCCGUGGAUAAGAGCGUGCAGCAGCAACUGAUAAUCUACAAACGCGGUAGCGACAAUGCGGGAGAUCUGCUACUUAUGCCUGCGCAUCUUCUUGUCGGGACCAAGGCUCAAGACCUUGCUUUGGCGAAGGAAUUCGCUUCGUGGGCGACUAGCCAGGAAGGCCAGACUGUGAUCAAGGAAUUCCGCAAGGCCAGUGAAUUAGUCUAUUCUCCCGCGCCUUGAUUUUUUUCAUGUGUAAAUAGCAAUUAGCUAUAUAGCUUGAGAAUGCCGUACUUUGAUGCGAUAUGGUUCCUGUUUUAUCAAGGUUUCU